CAAAACCGCCAAAAAAAAAACAUCAGAAGAAGAAGAAGAAGAAGAAGAAGAAGCGUUGUUGGAUCGUGUAGGCAGUGUGUUGUUUACGUCUUAAUUUCUGUCAUAGCGCGAACUGCAGAAUGAGUAAAUCUAGUUAUAAAUCGGUCGGCGGUGGAAGUACAGAGGAACUCGAUAAGGUUGACAUGUCUUUAGAUGAUAUUAUCCGGCUGAAUAAGAAGCAGAAACAAUUCCAGGCCCAGACGUCAAAGCGCAGACUCCCGGUGAAAGGCCGCUUCACUCAGGGGAAGAAAACUGGGCCAAGAGCUGGAGUGCCAUCUAAAAGAGGAGGUGUUGUGAACAAACGCUUCUCUGGAAACCGCAAGCUUCCUCCCACGGUGGCCAGGCGUCGUGGGCAGGGGGUUAUCACUGGUUUAGCUGCGAGAAAAAAUGCCGUCCUGUUUAAAGGGAUCAGUCCGCUCAACCGCCCAGUCCAGAACAGACCUGCUAAGAACCGACAGAUGCCCAACAGUGCUGCUGUCAACCAGAGAUCUCUGCCGUUUGUCCAGCGGCGACAGAUGCAGAUCCAGAGGAGACCAAACAGACAGAUGGACUCUCAGAAACCUCAGGGCUCAGUUUCUUACAGACCUUUUCACCUUCACAGAAAAUGGAAUGCUCCGACUGCUCAGCAAACACAGAGAGAAGCACGACAGGCCACCUUCCUCUUCAGAAGAGGACUCAAAGUAAGAAAGCUGCAUGCAUGGUUAUCAUCUGUUCUCUACAGGAAUGCUCCGACUGCUCAGCAAACACAGAGAGAAGCACGACAGGCCACCUUCCUCUUCAGAAGAGGACUCAAAGUUCAUGCACAAGUUCAGAAGACAAAGUCUGCUCAACCCACACAGAGAACGCGCUCGUGGCGCACUCCUACAAACAACAGUGGCAUCCUCACUGUGUCAAUAGACAACCCCACAGCUAGAACACAGCCUGAGCCGGCUCAGUCCUGGUCCCUGCACCCCGUGACUCCAGCACGCUCCUCACCUCCUCAAGAGGAGCCGGAGAGGAAACCUCCUAAAGGUGUCGCCCUGCAGUUUGAUAUCAACAGUGUUGGGAAACAGACUGAAAUGACCCUCAACGAGCGGUUCCGCCUCCUGAAGGACCAGCGUGUGGCGGCAGCACAGCAGAGCAGCAAAGGAGGCCGCUUCGUCACUGUGGCCUAGAGCUGAACCCUCUGUUCCUGUGUGAUCAACAACAAUCCUACAGGACAGAACAGGCAAACAGCUGAACUAACGCUGUUCAUGACUCAAAGUGAUUAGCCCUAAUAGAGGAGACUUCAUCAGAAUGUGGAUAUGCCGGUUCUCUGGAGAAGGAGACGUUGGGGAAGUGACUGAUUUUUUUGUUUUUUAGUUUAUUUUUCUAAAAAGCUGCCAUGCUGUCCUCACAAAGCAAGUAUUAACUGUCGUCCCUGAGUUUCAGUUACGUUGUCGUCUCCUGAGCUGCCCUUGGUAUGUGAUGGCAUCCUGUUGUUUUUUUAUAUAUUUAUGCAUAAAGAAGUUGCAGCUCUAUGACUUGAAACAUUUCUGGAUAGACUUGGGUUUUCACAAAGCAGAUGUAUGAAACAGAACAUUCUUUUUGUAGAGCAAAAAAGACUGU